AUGCUGCAUCUGCAGCGAGGAGGCCUCUUUGGCUCCGCUGUCGAUCUGGCGAGGGAUAUAAUUCCAGGAUUGUGCGGCAGUAAUUUCUCCACGCGAUCGCUGCCCCCCGGAUUUGUCCAGACUUGUUGGGACAGCUGA